GAAGAAGAAACUCUUGAACUUCAAUUCACCAUUUCUUUUACACGGUCAUUCCCCAGAUGAAAAAUUUAGGGUUUGGCUGGUGAAGCAAUGUUGGGCGCCAGGUUUUCUCUGUUCGGUAGUGGCGGUGGCGGAGGCGGAUCGUACAAGCCGGUGGAUAAUUCCCGAGACAGCGAAGUCUUGCCGAGGCUAAAACUACAAACAGAUAAAGAUGUGUACAGGCCUGGCGACUCCCUUUACAUUACGAUCGAGAUCUGCAAUCCUCUCAGUGACGAUGCUUCUCUCUCUUCGUUAUUGAUUGAAAGCCUUGCAUUUGAAAUCAAAGGGAUUGAGAAGUUGGAUAGUCAGUGGUUCGCUACUCAGAAGCCACUUCCCGGAUCCAAACAGAGAAGAGGUGAACAUGUUUUCUUGGACAGUUCAGCUUCGUCAUUGAUUUCAAAUCAGAUUGUGUCAUCUGGUGCCACAAAAUCAUAUGUUGUCCGGACUGAGUUGCCAAGCAUUAUACCACCCUCUUACCGAGGUACGACCAUUCGCUACAUGUACUAUGUUAAGAGUUCGCUAUCCGGACGGUGGCUGAUACUGGAAAACGGGAACACUCAUAGAGAGUCAAUAAAAGAUGUUACUGAAGUGGAAGCUCGUAUACCAUUACAAAUUUGGGUCACUCAGAAAAACAAUGGCUUGCUAAUGGAAGAAGGUCAACUUGAAGGAAUUGUUCCUGUUACAACCAUCCAAAUGGAUAUAUAUUGGAAAGAGAUGGAUGGAGACUCUGAAUGGGCUAGAGCAAAUGAGAUAUAUGAUGGAGUUGAGGAAGGGUAUGCAAGCUCCAGGGAUGAGAUCUCUUCUGUUUCUUCCUACAACCCCAGUAAAGAAAGCAUGCUUAAAACUUUUGGAAGUUCAUUGUCUUUGCAAUCAUCUACUGCAAGAUCUUCGACCAAGGAUAUUCCAAAUCUGGAUGGAGAACGUCCAAGCUUAUCUUCAAAUGCAGCACUUCCUCGGCUAUCAGCAGCAGAGGUGUUGUAUGACUCUAGUGCAGAUAUCGUGUCAUCAAGUGAACAGCAGAAGCUUACAGAACCCCUAUCUGCUGAUGAUAUCUCAGGAUUAUCACCUUCACCUCGAUUACGAGCCAUUGAACCUGCAGCAUCAGAAGGCUUUAUUCGAGGAAGGUCUUAUAACAUCAGGAUGGAUGACCAAGUUGUGCUAAGAUUUUCUCCAAAGAACUCGGAUUCAACUUAUUACUUCAGUGAUAUGAUAGGUGGAACUCUUACUUUCUUUCAUGAAGGAGCUCGGAGAUGCCUUGAGGUUUCAAUAACAUUGGAAACUUCAGAGACCAUAAGCCGGCGUUUUGUUCAUCCUUCUCGAAGAAACUCACCAACAAUUACGAAGGUGUACUUUCGAUUCUCACUUUUAACAUUUAGCAAUUUGGUAAAUUAG